GCAGUCCCCCGGCCAGCCCGGCGCCUCUUACGGCCCCCACCCGGCUGGAGACCAGACCUAGUGAGAGGCUCCCGUGUUUUAGAUUGUGAACCAUGUCAAAGAGGAUACCUGUGGCAGACAAGGACAACCCAUUAUCUUCAAAGACAAAUAAAGUUAAUCCAAUGCAGGAAGCUGGUGAUUUGGAUUCUGGUGAAGAGCAAGGAGAGAGAUCUCUGGCUGAGGAAAAGAUUCAAGGGGAACCGAGGCACUUGUGUGCUUGUCCUCCUCAAGGUAUCAUUGCCAAAGUAAUAACAAAUGUGGCAAUAGCAGUGCUGGUCUGGGGCCUGACUUGGACUCUUACAGGCAAAGAGAGUCUGCCUGGUGGAAGCAUCUUUGGAAUUGUAUUCCUCUAUUUUUCUUCGGUACUUGGUGGCAAAAUUAUGCAACUAAUUAAAAUACCAGGACUGCCUCCUCUCCCUCGCCUUCUUGGUAUGUUGCUUGCUGGAUUUCUCAUCAGAAAUAUUGAAUACAUCAGUAAGGUGAUCUUAAUCAAAGUGGAGUGGGGAUCUAUACUCAGAAAUAUUGCCCUCUCGAUUAUUUUGUCUCUUGCUGGUCUUGGCCUUGACGCAAAGGCUCUGACUAAGUUAAAAGGGGUCUGUUUCAGACUAACCUUCGGACCCUGCAUCACUGAAGCUUGUUCAGCAGCAGUCAUAUCUCACUUUCUAAUGCACUUCCCAUGGGAAUGGGGGUUUAUGUUAGGAUUUGUUCUAGGUGCGGUAUCUCCAGCUGUUGUGGUCCUUUCCAUGCUGAUGUUACAGAAACAAGGUUAUGGUGUAGACCAAGGAAUUCCAACUUUGCUGAUAGCUGCUGCCAGUAUGGAUGAUAUCGUAGCCAUCACAGGCUUUAACACUUUCUUGGGCAUGGCUUUUUCCACAGGUUCCAGUCUUCGUAGUAUCUUUCGUGGUCUGGUGGAAGUGGUUAUCGGUACAGGCGCUGGAUGCCUUUUGGGAUUUUUUGUUUGGUACUUUCCCAGCAAGGAUCAGACAUCCAUUGUACGGAAAAGAGCCUUCUUUAUAGUUGGCUGGUCUGCAUUUUCUAUUUUGAGCAGCAAAUAUUCUGGCUUUCCAGGAUCUGGAGGACUCUGUGUCAUUGUUUUGGCAUUUAUGGCUGGGACUGCAUGGUCUGAUGACAAGAAAGCAGUGGAAGAAAUUGUUACUUUUGCAUGGCAAGUGUUCCAACCAUUUCUGUUUGGUUUAAUUGGAGCUGAAAUCUCCAUUAGUUCUCUUGGAUCUGAAACUGUUGGGCAUUGUUUGGCCACUAUAUUUUUGGCUUUAAUGGCUCGAGUUACGGCUACAUUUUGCUUGAUGACUGCCUCUGGCUUUGAGUUCAAGGAAAAAGUAUUUAUUGCACUGGCAUGGAUCCCCAAAGCAACUGUCCAGGCUGCAAUUGGUUCUGUUGCCUUAGAUACAGCACGGCUUACUAAAAAUGAAAAGCUAGAAAAAUAUGGCCUGUAUAUCUUGACAAUAGCUUUCCUAGCAAUCUUAAUCACAGCUCCAGCCGGAGCUUUGUUAAUUGGCCUGGCCGGGCCCAGACUUCUCCGCAAGACUACCAAAGGUAGUGAAGAUAGCCCAGAAAAAGAAAAUUGUUCACCAGUAUAGAAAAUCAUCACUGAAUGAUGUGUCACCCGCUUGGCAAUCCAGGAAGCCCCACAGCGAUAUGCAGAAAUCUGAAAAGCUGUGGAAUGCUUUGGAGGUCUUCCUAAAACAGAAACCAAGGGAGAAAAAGGAUACUGUUACCUAAAAUCAGCAUUCAAGAGUCUCUUCAGCUUGAUAUAGGGAGAUUUUGGAGGAAAACAACCACAGUUAAAACGGAAAAUUUAGCCAUUCCAGUGAUACGGUCAUAGUUUAGUCUGACGGGAAUAGCACAGAAGAGGAUAAAUUCAGAAUAGCUCUUUGAAGAACUUGAGAGCCUUGGAGCAGAUAUAUCCAAAAUCAUCAGAAGUUUAAAAAAACAAAUACACAUCAAGAGUGAGAUCAUGGGAUAUGGAACAGAAGGCACAAAACCUCCACUCAACUGCUUUUCAGGAGGCAGACAAUCAGCAUAGACAACGGGUAUAUUCAGACUUCUGAAUGCUCCUGUGCGAGCUUAGGAGACUGAUACUUUUCUCUUUUUCCACCACAAGAAGAAAAAUACCCCUCCCCCAAAAAUACUGUAAUGGUAAUUAAAUUUGGAUUUUGCAUAUAGGAUUGUUUAGCUUCUGUUUCCAUAUACUGAAUAUUAAUCUCACUGUUCUGCUUUGCAAAAUCACAUGAUUCUGCCAUUUACCUACAUAUAUUAUAAAAAUGUAAGCAUAGAAAGUAGCUGUUUGAAAACCCAGUGAGAUGAACUGGAUCAGGGAAGAACUAUGGUGCUGUUUCAGUUUCUUAUGAUUUUAAAUAUGCAGAGAAUAAUGGCUAGGAUGCCAGGAAAUAAUUCCUUCGUGAGAUGGACAAUGGUGACUAUACAAGAAUCAUGCAUUUUUUCACUCUGUAAAACAAAGGCAUAAUUGAAACUUGAGUUUAAUUAAACUCUAGAUUUCAAAAACUAGACCUUGCCAAAGCAUGAGUCAAGAGCUAGACGUGAUCCUUAUAAUUUUGUUUCUCUUAUCCACAAUUGCAGCUUUGUGUUAUUUCAGAGUUUGCAGGUCUUUAUGAGCACCAGCCUUUAGAAAAAUUAUCCAUGUCCCAGAGCACUGUAUGAUUAAGAGAAAGGAAAUGUGCCGGCAACUUAAAGUUAUGUAGAUUUUAUUUUCAAAAUUAGCGAUGACUAUGCUACCAAACAAAAUUUAUCAACACUUUCAUCAGUACUCCCACCCUUUAAAAGAUUUAUUGUAAUGCUUUGUUAUGUUGUUGCUAUCCGCUUUGUGAAAAAACUCAUAAUAUGGAAAGUUGAAUAAACUAUUUUUUAUUUUCUUAGCUUGCGUGCUGCCCAUUCCUGAAGGCACUAGGCAGUUAACAACAUCUAAAAUAAUGGCUACAGAAAAACUGAAAUACAGAUAAAAUUGUUUUUUUUCUUUAAAGAUACAAACCAAAGAAAUACAAGUGCCACGUGUUUGCAAUCUCAGCUACAAAUUACAACCCACAAUCCUCCUGUGAGAGACAAAACAGGUCUUCAAAGUUUUCCUAAAGACCAUGUGAGAUGAGGCUCAUUGAAUUUCUGCUCAGAGGGAAUUCCAGAGAGUGGAAAUAGCUCUGAAAAUGUCCACGUCUGAGAUCCUGUCAUGUGACAAUCCUGGAGGGACAGGACUUGGUGGGAGUUGACCCUAUUUGAUCUGCUUGGAUGGCUGAUGAAUACAGAAGACAGUUCCUCAGAUAACUAGGUCCAAAGCCAUGUAGGGCUUUAAGGGGGACAACCAGCACUUUGAACAGCACCUAGAAGCCAACUGGCAAACAACGCAGCUGCUCAAAGAGUAGGGUCAUCCAUCACUGGACUUGCCCCAGUCUGAAUUUUCUUCAAGGACAGAUCCAUGUAAAAUGUGUUAUAGUAAUCUAAAUGGGAGAUAAUUAGGGCAUAAGUGACUCUGAACAGGACUCCCACUCCAGGAAAGGUUACAAUUUGUCCAUAAGGUACAACUUUGCAAAAGCCCUCCUAGCGAUCACUGCCACCUGCUCUUCAGCAGGAAUGGUGAGUCUAGAAGAACUCCCAAAUUAACCUCAAAUGUACAAGAGCCUCCUGGCCCAUGCCACUAUCCAAAACAUUUUGAAGGAAAACUAAAAAUACAGCUAUUAAGGGGAGAAUCCCCAUUUCACAGCAUUGAUCACCUGCUCCCCCUGCCCCCAAAAUAGUUGCUACCGUUUUUAACAAAGACCUGGUAUAGAUUUAUUUAAAAGUGUUGGUUGUUUAGAAAGAGAAACAAUCUGUUCUGUUCUUUUCCGGAAUGAUACUGUUGAUUUUCCUUCAUUUUGGAUUUGACAACUUAGACUUUAUUGUACAGAUUUAACUCUGAUGUUUGAGUUUUUAAAAAAACAAUGGAAGUAUAACAGUGCAUCAAAUUAAACAUUCAAUAUUUGAAGUGUAAGUAUCAAUGAAAUCAGAGUAGUGCAUGAUGCUUUGUUUCCAUGAUCAAACCUGUAUUUUAUAUAAUGAAAAUAUACUUUGCUAUCUCAGCAUUUCUGGCCAGUAUCUACAGGUAGUCCUCGCUUAACGACUGCUUGUUUAAUGACAGUUCAAAGUUACGAUGGCCUCGGAAAAAGUGCUGUACGACCUGUACUCAAACUUACAACCGUCGCAAACCAUCACACCACCACCCCUGCAGCCACUUGAUUGCAAUUUGUGACUUUUUACAACACUCAUUAAGCGAAUCA